GGCAUGCCCGGGGAGCAGAUGGACCCGACUGGAAGUCCGUUGGAAUCGGGUUUCUCUCAGCAAGACACCCCUUGUCUCCUCAUCGAAGACUCCCAGCCUGAAAGCCAGGCUCAAGACGAUGCUGAUGUUGCUGCUGCAGCUGGUGGUUCUCGCUUCCCUCUCCUCUCUCGACACCUCCCGCAUCUACUACCGGCACACAAAGACGACCCCGAGUUGGAUGUUGCAUCUAAUCCCAAACAAGCAGUUGAAGAAGAGCAAGGAGACAAUAAUGGUGAACAUAUGAAAGAAAAAGUGGAAGAACCUAUGGAUUCUUCUCAUUUGGACACACGUGGUUCCAUCAGUCCGGUGAUAGAACAGUUACCUCAGCGAAAGAGAACAAGCAGUAUUCUGGAAAUGCCGGUAGAAUCUGCUCCUAUGGAAGAAAAGGAAAAAGAGAUGGGAGAGAAAGUACAAGAUGAAAAGGAAGAAGAUAAUCUGGAUGAGAUCACACACUCCCUUGAUGGUGAAGAUCCGGCUUCAUCACAGUUAGGCUUUGGUGUUUUGGAACUUUCCCAGAGCCAGGAUGUUGAAGAAAAUACUGUGCCAUAUGAAGUAGAAAAAGAACAUGUCAAGUCAGCGACCACCAACUCUGGGGGGCUGUCCAAUGUUGAUGCUAAUAUUGCAAUGAAACUUAAAGAACAGUCUAGUGAUGCUCUCUCCAUGGCAGAACAACCCAACAAGGAUGUCACUGCCAAUAAGGAUAUAAAGGUGACAAAAGAGCAAAAUCCCCUACUUGCAAGGUCAGAGAACAUGAUUACUAGUUCCAAAGUAUCUCUUGCUAUGGAAGCAAAACAACUAUCUGCUCAAGAACAUCUGGAAAGUGGACUGCAGGUUGAGAAGUCACCAGAGCCUCGGGUUUUGUCUACUCAGGAAGACAUGUUUGACCAGAGCAGUAAAACAGAUUGUUCCACUCCUUCAAGAGAAGAUGGUGGGUGUUCUCUGGCCUCCACACCUGCCACUACUCUGCACCUUCUGCAGCUUUCUGGUCAGCGGUCUAUUGUUCAGGACAGUCUUUCUACAAAUUCUUCAGAUCUUGUUGCUCCUUCUCCUGAUGCUUUCCGGUCUACUCCUUUUAUUGUUCCAACUAGUCCCACAGAACAAGAAGGGAGAAAAGAUGAUCCGAUGAAUAUGUCAGUGUUACCUGAAGAAGGAGGAGAACCUUUUCAGAAGAAAUUUACACCAGUAGAGAUAGAUAAUCAUCCUCUUCCAGCUGAGCCUAUUAUAUCACCACACGCUUCAACACCAGUAUCUCAGAGCACACCAGUCUUCACUCCUGGGUCACUCCCUAUCCCAACCCAACCAGAGUUUUCUCAUGACAUUUUCAUUCCAUCUCCAAGUUUAGAAGAACGAUCAAAUGAUGGGAAAAAAAGUGGGAAUUUGCAUAGUUCCUCUUUGACUGUUGAGUGUUCUAAAACAUCAGGAAUUGGACCACAGAAUUCUACAGAGGAUAUUGGGCUAUCGCUGACAGGGGAUUCUUGUAAAUUGAUGCUGUCUGCGAGUGAGUAUAGUCAGUCCCCAAAGAUGGAGAGUUUGAGCUCUCAUAGAAUUGAUGAAGAUGGAGAAAACACACAGAUUGAAGAUACAGAACCCAUGUCUUCUGUUAUUAAUUCCAAGCCAGUUCCUGCUGAAAACAGUAAUGUCUUAAGGAAUCCAGAACAAGAUGAACAAGUAGAACUGAGUCAGAAUGAUGACAGAGAAAAGGGAGAAGACAUGGAAACAAGAGAUGGUAGUAGCAUUUUAACUACUGAUUGCAAAGGUAGAGAAGAUAGUGUAGCAGAAGAUGUCUGUAUUGAUCUCACAUGUGAUUCAGGGAGUCAGGCAGUUCCUUCUCCAGCUACUCGAUCUGAAGCACUCUCUAGUGUGUUAGAUCAGGAAGAAGCUAUGGAAAUAAAAGAUCAUCAUCCAGAGGAAGGGUCGACAGGUUCUGAUGUGGAAGAAAUCCCUGAGACUCCGCGUGAAAGUCAAGAAGAGGAGCCUAAAGAAGAAGAAAUGGAGAGUGAGCCACUCCAUCUUUCUCUCACUGAAACCCAAUCCCAAGGAUUGUGUCUUUCAAAGGAAAUUGCCAAACAAGAGUGCCAGGACACUAUGGAAGUUGAAACCAGUGUGAUUAGUAUUGAUUCCCCUCCAAAGCUCCCAGUACUUGACCAAGAAUUAGAACAUAAGGAUCAGGAAGCUUGGGAAGAAGCCACAUCAGAGGAUUCAAGUGUUGUCAUCGUAGAUGUGAAAGAACCAUCUCCAAGAGGUGAUGUUUCCUGUGAACCUUUGGAAGGAGUAGAGAAAAGCUCAGAUUCCCAGUCAUGGGAGGAUGAUGCUCCAGAAAUGGAACCAUGUGCUGAGAAUAGGUCAGAUCUCCAAGAGGAAAAGAGUGCAGACAGUGAAAGAGGUUUGAAAUCAGUGACUGCAGAAAAGGAAACUAUUGAGGCAGACUCCCCACAGCCUCUCUUGACUAUCCUAAGAACGGAUGAUGCCCUGAGAUGUAAUGAAGAGAUGCGGCAGACUCAAUCUCAAGAUAGAAAAGAUAACACCUUAAUAGAAAACUCAAAAAUGGCUAAUGCAAACCAGCUGGGUGCAGGUAUAGAGGCCCAGCAGCUGGAUAAGGCUCAUGCAUCACAAAGCUUCUGUGAAAGCUCUAGUGAAACUCCAUUUCAUUUCACUUUGCCUAAAGAAGGUGAUAUUAUCCCACCAUUGACAGGUGCAACCCCACCUCUUAUUGGCCACUUAAAAUUGGAGCCUAAAAGGCAUAGUACUCCUAUUGGUGUUAGCAGUUACCCAGAAAGCACUGUAGCAGCCACUGAAGUGAUGUCUGAAAGUAUGGUGGAGACGAAUGAUCCUGUACAUGAGAAUGAAAAAGGAGAUUUUGGGACUACCCCAGAAACAGAUAAGUUGUCUCUAAGAAUGAAACUGGUGACUCCUGAGACUGAGGAAAGUGAAGAAUCUUUGCAGUUUACCCUGGAAAAACCUACAAUUGGUGUAAGAGAAAGCAGAUCUGCUGCUGUUGCUGAGGCUGUUGCCAGUCCUCAGAAGACCGUGUCUGUGUUUAGCUCUGAAACUCGGCAACAUAAUGAGGCUCGAAGUCAAGAUUCCCAUUCUGCACCCAUCAGGGGGAACUUGCUUCGUUUUCCAAGUACUCAAGAAGACAAAGAAAAAUUGGGAUCUGAUGAAAGGAUCAGACAGAGUCAACAGUCUGUGAAACCCACUAGUCCUGCCAGGGACCAUACUUUUCCUUUCUCCCAGCGGAUGACUAUACAGAGGUCAUCUAGUCCUCAAGAGGAAGCAAUGGAGACAGGUGUCCCAGAAGGCCAGCAAGAAGGACAAAAUAAUAAUCGGGAAAAACCUGUUAAGGCUUUGAUUGAAAGGCCCAGCCAAAAUAACAUAGGAAUCCAGACAAUAGAACAUUCCCUGUCGGCCCCAGAAACUGUUUCAGCAGCAACUCAGACUGUAAAGAAUGUUUGUGAACAGUGGACGAGUACAGUGGACCAGAACUCUGGAAAGCAAGAUGCUACAGUUCAGACUGAGAGAGGGAGUGGUGAAAAGCCAGUCAGUGCUUCUGGGGAUGAUACAGAGUCACUGCAUAGCCAGGGAGAGGAGGAGUUUGAAAUGCCUCAGCCUCCACAUGGCCAUGUCUUGCAUCGCCACAUGAGAACAAUUCGUGAGGUUCGCACACUUGUCACUCGUGUUAUCACAGAUGUGUAUUAUGUGGAUGGAACAGAAGUAGAAAGAAAAGUGACAGAGGAGACUGAAGAGCCAAUUGUAGAGUGUCAGGAAUGUGAAACUGAAGUUUCCCCUUCACAGACUGGGGGUUCUUCAGGCAAUCUGGGGGAUAUCAGCUCCUUCUCCUCCAAGGCCUCCAGCUUACACCGCACGUCAAGUGGGACAAGUCUCUCAGCCAUGCACAGCAGUGGCAGCUCAGGGCGAGGAGCCGGACUACUCAAAGGGAAAACCAGUGGGACAGAACCCGCAGAUUUUGCCUUGCCCAAUUCCCGAGGAGGCCCAGGAAAACUGAGUCCUAGAAAAGGGGUCAGUCAGACAGGGGCGCCAGUGUGUGAGGAGGAUGGUGAUGCAGGCCUUGGCAUCAGACAGGGAGGGAAGGCUCCAGUCACGCCUCGUGGGCGCGGGCGAAGGGGCCGUCCGCCUUCUCGGACCACUGGAACCAGAGAGACAGCUGUUCCUGGCCCUUUGGGCAUAGAGGACGCUUCACCUAAUAUGUCACCGGAUGAUAAAACCUUCACCCGCAUUGUGUCCCGAGUGCCAGAUUCCACCAAACGAGCAGAUGUGGGUGCUGGCAUCUUGCGUCGGAGUGACUCUCCUGAGAUUCCUUUCCAGGCCGCUGCUGGCCCUUCCGAUGGCCUAGAUGCUUCUUCUCCGGGGAAUAGCUUUGUAGGGCUUCGUGUUGUUGCUAAGUGGUCAUCCAAUGGUUAUUUUUACUCUGGAAAAAUCACACGAGAUGUGGGAGCUGGGAAGUAUAAAUUGCUCUUUGAUGAUGGGUACGAGUGUGAUGUGUUGGGCAAAGACAUUCUGCUGUGUGACCCCAUUCCACUGGAUACUGAAGUGACAGCACUCUCAGAGGACGAGUAUUUCAGUGCAGGAGUGGUCAAAGGUCACAGGAAGGAGUCUGGAGAGCUGUACUACAGCAUUGAAAAAGAAGGACAGAGGAAGUGGUAUAAGCGGAUGGCUGUCAUCCUGUCCUUGGAGCAAGGGAACAGACUGAGAGAGCAGUAUGGCCUUGGUCCAUAUGAGGCAGUAACACCCCUCACAAAGGCAGCAGAUAUCAGCCUAGACAAUUUGGUAGAAGGGAAGCGGAAACGACGCAGUAACAUUAGCUCCCCAGCUACCCCUACUGCUUCUGGCAGUAGCAGCACAACCCCUACCCGUAAGGCCACAGACAGCCCUCGAGCCUCCGUGGGAGCUACUUCAGGCAAAAGAAAACUGAUCGUUUCUGAAGAGGAACGGUCCCCUGCCAAGCGAGGCCGGAAGUCUGCCACUGUGAAACCUGGUGCGAUGGGGGCAGGAGAGAUUGUGAGCCCCUGUGAGGCUGGAGACAACGUGGGUGAAACAUCCACCCUGGAGGAGCAAAGAGGGCCAUUGCCCCUCAACAAAACCUUGUUUCUGGGUUAUGCCUUUCUCCUCACCAUGGCAACCACCACUGACAAGUUGACCAGCCGCUCCAAACAACCAGAUGGUCCUCCAGGAAGCAGUGAGGAAGAGGAGGAUAUUUUAGAAAUUCCUCCAUUUAACAAGCAGUACACUGAAUCUCAGCUUCGAGCAGGAGCUGGCUAUAUUCUUGAAGACUUCAAUGAAGCCCAGUGCAACACAGCCUACCAAUGUCUCCUAAUUGCUGAUCAGCACUGUCGAACCCGGAAGUACUUCCUGUGCCUUGCCAGUGGGAUUCCUUGUGUCUCUCAUGUAUGGGUCAAUGACAGUUGUCAUGCCAACCAGCUACAGAAUUAUCGAAAUUACCUGCUGCCAGCUGGGUACAGCCUUGAAGAACAAAGAAUUCUGGAUUGGCAACCCCGUGAAAACCCUUUUCAAAAUCUGAAGGUACUUCUGGUAUCAGACCAACAGCAGAACUUUCUGGAGCUCUGGUCUGAGAUUCUCAUGACUGGAGGGGCAGCCUCUGUAAAGCAGCACCAUUCUGGUGCCCAUAACAAAGAUAUUGCAUUAGGUGUGUUUGAUGUGGUGGUGACGGAUCCUUCAUGCCCGGCCUCGGUGCUGAAGUGUGCGGAAGCAUUGCAGUUGCCCGUGGUGUCACAGGAGUGGGUCAUCCAGUGCCUCAUCGUUGGGGAGAGAAUUGGAUUUAAGCAGCAUCCAAAAUACAAACAUGAUUAUGUUUCUCACUAAGGAUACUUGUUCUCACUGGUUUUAUUCCCUGCCGUUGUGGAGAUUGUGUUUUAAUGAGGUUUUAAGUGUGUCUUUGUGUGUAACUGGAUUCUUUGCAUGGAUCUUGUAUAUAGUUUUAUUUGCUGGACUUUUAUGAUAAAAUAAAUGUUGAAUCUCUUUGGUUGUAGUAA